UGAAGCGGCUAGAGAAGCAGGACGGCCUGGUGAUGUUCAUCGACGUCCCACCUGGAGCAGCGCCGGGCGACCGCCUCAGCUUGGUCACGAAUUCGAACCAAAACCUGACCGUCCUGCUGCCUCCGGGCGCGACGCCCGGCAAAAAGCUGAGCGUGACGCUGCCGGCGGCAGCCGCAGGCGAGAUCAGCAUCGUGCGCAUGAUGCUAAACGGCGUAGAGCUGCCAAGACCGACGCCAGAUCCGGCCGCGCUUCUCAAGGCGCACCGGCAGCAGACCGACGGCCACUGGCUUCGCGUCGGCCCGGCAGAGAAGUGUGAGACCCGCUUCAGCUUUCCGCUCUCUGCGUUCCGGCCAACGUCGUCGCAGACGGUGGUCGAGCCCUUCGGCUUCUGGCAACUUCCCGUCGUGCGCGGACACGUGCCCAUCACCGAGAAUUGGGCACUCGACGGCGCCGCCACCCGGCUCGGAGGCUCGCCGUUUGCGCUCGGCGGCGUCGAGUUUGAGCUGGCGCUUGAGGGUCGCGCCGUGCCGUGGACGCCGAAGGACGGCGCCGAGGGAGCGUGCCGCGAUCUGGAGAUCUGCCUGGUCGUGCGCCGCAUGCCGCAGGCGGCGGGCGCGAGCGAGGCGAAGCCCGCACUCGCGAUCUGGCUCCACCUCGUCGCCGGCGACCGCUGGUCCGGCUGGCAGCGCGUUUCCCUCGCGCCGGGCGAGGUCUUCGAGUACGACUUGGCCGACCGGCGCUAUAUCACCAACCUGGCGCCGCUCGACUACUCGUUGGGCGUACACCUGCAGGUGACGCUGGCCAGCCCGCAGUAGUGUGUAGUAGUAUUCGGGGGAGUAAGUUGUGCAGAUUUU